GCAAAAACAUGACUAGGUUUUUAGCAGGGGUUUAGGCGGCCACAGGAACAGCCUCUCUGGUUCGCUGUCCUCCUCUCCCUCCCUCUACAAACCCUUACUUUGCUUUUCUCUUCUUCAAUUCUUUGCUUCCCAAAAUUCAUUUCUCUAUUCAGAAUUGUGAGCUUCAGAUGCCUUGAGACCGUCUCUCUCUUCCUCUUCCGCAUUCAAAUUGAGUAAUUAUCUCAUUUCGUCAUUGUCGUUUGUUCAGCAACCAAUUAGUACUUCGCUUGAAAUAUGUGGAGAAAUUUGUCGAGACAAUCCUAUUUGAGAAAGUUAAAGUUUUUGACAGAAUCCCAUCCAUCCCUCAAUGCCUUCUCAGCUGUAAGAUCUCCCCAGGAUUCGUUAUUUGUUGAAAAGGCUACACCUUUUCAGCCUCAGAGCCAUGUAAAUACUCGCAACUUUGGUUCGGGAUUUUCUCAAGAUUUGAUCUUUUGGCGGAAGUGUGAUAUGAGCCGUCUUAAAUAUGCAAGCUCUUGUGACCCUUUUGGAUUUUUUGGCAAUACAAGGGGUUAUGCAACUGCAGCUGAGGCUUUCGUGUCCACCUCCGAGGAGGAGGUUGACGAAAUUCAAGAAUUGAUAGAAGAGGUUAACAAAGAAAUGAAGGUGAAAAGCUUGGAUAUCACGGAGAAUAAGCAGCCAAAGAUGGUGGGAGGAAUGGGGUUAGGGAAGUACAAUAGCCUUAGAAGGAGACAAAUAAAGAUGGAGACUGAGGCAUGGGAAGAGGCUGCAAGAGAGUACCAAGAGCUUUUAGUAGACAUGUGUGAGCAAAAAUUGGCCCCUAAUUUGCCUUACAUUAAGUCAUUGUUCUUAGGGUGGUUUGAACCAUUGAAAGAUGCCAUUGCUGCUGAGCAGGAUUUGUGCAAAGAAGGAAAAAACCGUGGUGCAUAUGCACCCUAUUUUGAUCAAUUGCCUGCAGAUAUGAUGGCAGUAAUUACGAUGCAUAAGUUGAUGGGAUUGUUGAUGACUGGAGGAUGGAACGGCAGUGCUAGAGUUGUCCAAGCUGCAUGUCAUAUUGGUGAAGCAAUCGAACAUGAGGUCCGGAUACAUAAAUUUUUAGAGAAUUGCAAGAGGAAAAAUGCUUUAAAUAGAACUUCUGAAGAAGGUCCUGAUCCUGAGGCAAAGGAACAAGAAAGAUUAAGCAAAAAGGUCAAGAUGUUGAUGAAGAAACAAAAAUUACACCAAGUUAGGAAAAUAGUGAGGCAACAAGAUGAUUUGAAGCCCUGGGGCCAGGAUGCUCAAGUGAAGGUUGGCUGCCGUUUAAUUCAGAUAUUGACACAAACAGCCUACAUACAACCUCCAGUUGAUCAGAUGGAUGAUGCACCACCUGAUAUUCGACCUGCAUUUGUGCACACACUCAAAUCUGUAGAAACAGUGAAAGGCACCAGGAGAUAUGGGGUAAUUGAGUGCGACCCUCUAGUUUGCAAAGGCCUGGAAAAAACUGCGAGGCACAUGGUGAUUCCAUAUAUGCCAAUGUUGGUUCCUCCAUUGAACUGGACGGGGUACGAAAGAGGUGCUUAUUUGUUUCUGCCAUCAUAUAUGAUGCGUACACAUGGAGCAAAACAACAAAGGGACGCUGUUAAAAGAGCUCCGAAACUGCAGUUAGAACCUAUUUUCCAGGUUAACCAAUUCUUUACUUUCCGAGAUCAAUGUUCCCUAAUGAUCUUCACAGAAUCUGGGCUAAUGGAGGCCGUCUUGCCGAUCUGGUUGACCGUGAAGAUUGUCAAACUUAAACCCCAGAAAAAUGUUUCCUGUUGCUUAAGCUCUUCUAUUUCCUCUCAAAUUUCUAAUGUGUAUGGUGGUGGCGUUGACAAAUUAUCGUAUGAAGGUCGAGUUUCAUUUACUGAAAACCAUCUGGAGGAUAUCUUUGAUUCUGCAGAUCGGCCUCUUGAAGGGAAGCGAUGGUGGUUAGGGGCAGAGGAUCCUUUCCAGUGCCUCGCCACUUGCAUCAACCUAUCUGAAGCAUUAAGAAGUCCAUAUCCGGAGAGUACAGUCUCCCACAUGCCUGUACACCAGGAUGGCUCAUGUAAUGGCUUGCAACACUAUGCUGCUCUUGGGCGAGACAAGGUAAUGAACUCCAUCACUUUCUUGACCAUGAUACCUGUGGAUAAUGAAAAUUGUCUUCAACGCAGAGUUCUUGAUAUAAUGAAGAGGGAUGCUGCUAAAGACCCUGCAACUGAUCCCAACGUCAUGCGUGCUAGGCUGUUAAUCAACCAGGUGGAUAGAAAAUUAGUCAAGCAAACAGUGAUGACAUCAGUAUAUGGUGUCACUUAUAUUGGUGCCCGUGAUCAAAUCAAGAGGAGGUUAAAGGAGCGCGGUGCUAUUGAUGAUGAUACAGAAGUGUUUGCGUGCGCUUGCUACGCUGCGAAAACAACCUUAACUGCCUUGGGAGAAAUGUUCGAGGCUGCACGUAGCAUAAUGAGUUGGUUGGGAGACUGUGCAAAGAUUAUAGCCACAGAGAAUCAACCAGUACGUUGGACAACACCAUUGGGGCUCCCUGUUGUCCAGCCUUACCGCAAAUUAGGAAGGCACAUGAUUAAGACUUCUCUUCAGGUUUUGACUCUUCAACGUGAAACUGACAAGGUGUUAGCUAAGCUAUUUUGCUUUGUAAUUUAG